UCCGCUGAAGUUGGCGGCGCCGAUGGCAAGCCAGUUCGACAGCUCCGAGGAGUCCAGAAACAGCAUCAAGGGCAGUGCCGCGAAGAAGUGGGCCCUGACGAAGAACGUCGCGAAGGCGGUGGCUAGGAACGCCCUCAUGGCGCACCGUGCCUCCGCGGCGGCGUCCGAGGGCCCCGUGCGCGUGCAGGAGCCGCGGAAGGCGCGGCCCGCGCCGCCGCCGGCCCAGGAC